GCGCUCUCGAAUCGCUAUUGAGUAUGCCAAGGCAAAGCGUCUACGGCUUCAGCAAAUUGAAGAGCGAAGGCAAAAACAACAACGCCUGCCCCCUCGUCCAGAGACCAAGACAAGCGACGAAAAUGCUAUCACUUUGCCAAAACCAGCGAUGGUGUUCAACCCGACCGAAGCUUCCAAAGCCCGGGGUCUCAGUAAGGAAGAGAUUCGGAGAAAGGAACGACGUAGAGAACGCCAAAAUGCGCAUGAUGCCUACAUCCCUGGCAAGAAAGCAAUUCCUGACGUCAAGGUCAAGAGCUUCGGACACAUACCAAUUCAGCCGCGCGCAGUACCAGCUUGGAGAAAAAAUAUUUAAUUCUCGGGGUGGCCUUAAAAACGGUAACAGCACGCUAACGAGGAAACUACACGAAGAGCAACUCAGGACGCGGGAUUAUGUUCUGGACAACCCACGCACUUGCAGCUAUCGCCGCAUGUGCAUUCCCCUCCAGAGGACAUGCCGCACCCUGGUACGGCCCAGCCGACAGCUAGCGCUGCUGUAUGAGCUACGGUGGUCAUGUACCUCGGACAACCAUUUUGAGGGCAAAUGCGCAUAUCGCACUUGUGAGAUUGAUAGUACUCACUUGUUGAGUUGGAUCCUGCAUCGUUCGAUGAAGCUGGCACAAUCUCCAUCGGAAUCCCCCACGCUUCUUCUGACAGCUCCAGCAUCUCAAAACCAACACGCUCUGCAGCUUUCACGAGCGGGUUCGCGCUCAAUAGCAUCGCCACUACCAGAACUUCAACACGAUCCGUCAAGAGCACGAGGUUCUCAACACCUUCCACAGCCAUCAAGGCAUCUUUGAGUUUAACGCCGUUUAAACCCACGUCACCCAGAUCAUCGACACGGAAUCUAAAUCGACGGGGCAGUGGAGUCUCUGCGUUCACCUCCGAGUCAAACCCAAUGUCGGAUACAGCAGUCCGAAUGGCUUCGACUGUCAUAUCUCCACGUAUAACAAUUUGACGGUGCUCGAAGCGCAGCCUAGCUGCCUCCACGCCUUCAAGAGCUCGGACUGCAUUGAGCACCGACGAACCGCAGUUUGCAGGACACAUCAUGUCAGGCACACGCAGCACCACUUCUUUUCGGGUCCAUGCAGUUGUUGACUGUUCAAUGACGUUGACCUCGGUAAUCUGGAGAUUUUUCAGGGGUGCCAAGCUCGUGUCCAGGUCUAAUGAUGGCCCUCCACGCACCGCUAUAAGUCGUGAUGAUCGGACUGCGUUUGGCUUAGAAUCACUUGCCACUUCCGUAGUAGAAGAAGGUCGAGCAGAGCUUUCUGGGAUCAGAUGCACACUCCGCACUCCUGCUAUUGUUGCCAACACCGCCAUUACGGUCUCGACACCCAUUAAACUUGAAUGUGGCUUGACCUGAACAACAUAUCGCCGCAUCAUGGUUGCUCUUGGCGCCAAUGAGCCGACAAGAGAUUCAAAUUCGCCGACACUGGAGCUCAUAUUCUGACUCGUGGAUGCAACGCGUGUGAUGGUGUUGCUACUCACCAGCAUUGGAGCCAUUCGUGGCGUAGGCAGCGAGGUUGGACUAUUGCAAGUACAAUCCUUGACACAAUUGCAAGCGCCUCCAAAACUACGUGCGCAGCCAUUGUCCAAGCAGUUGGCGACUUGAGAGCCGUCACAGCGCGCAUUCGCUGAAUUUGGAGACAAUGGUGGGAAUGGCGCCAAGACUGACGCACCCGAACCUUCUGGAGUAGGUAUCGCACUGUUUCGUGGACUCUCGUUGGAGUGAUCGCUGGUGUCGUCCUGCGUGGGCUUUACUGUUGAUCUCUGCUUUUGACUCCUUGCACACGUCGCACACAUCGUUCCAGUAUCAUUCGGCGAGCGCACCAGUCUUCUACAGCUCAACACAGAGCACACCCGUGCACCACCAUGUUCUGUGCAGAAGCCCGUUGAGCCUCGAGCUGGCUGCUGGCAGUUGCGUCGUCGACAUCGUCUGGCUCCACCAUGUGCUCGGCACUUGCCUCCUCCCUGGUCAAUCUUGGUGCAUCCUGGCUCGGAACAGCGCUUACCGCCUCCAUGGGCUGUGCAAAAGCCUCCACCAACAUCAGCCUUCGGACACUCAGCGAUCUGGCACCUUCUGCCUCCGCCAUGCGCUCGACAUAAACCCCUACCAGCGUCCACCUUUCCACACCCAUCCACCUGACAGCGAGCACCGCCGCCGUGUUGUCUGCAGAAGCCUCCGGUCUGGUAACCUUUAGUGCAUCCAGGAAACGAGCACUUCUUGCCGCCUCCAUGAGCCACGCAGAAGCCUCCGCCAGCGUCUACUUUGGUGCAGUCGGGAUUUGAGCAUUGGCGUCGCGUGCGCUUCUUGCUGGCAACUUUAGAUGAUGGAACUGGAGCUACUAAUACGGGAGAUGCAGACACGGCAGCCACAGAGCUGCUGCCUGCCGCUCGCCGUGUUUGCAUAUCAGCGUGUUGCGAGGAAAUGUGCGGAGACGAGCGUGUCACCGCCGCCAGAACAAUUUCGGUUCUUCCAAACGUUAAGUACGAUAUGACGAGGCAAGUUAGAGGGUGCAGCUGGAGUUGACGUGAAUGUUUCUGGGUAUGUUGUGCCCAGUCAAUAAUCGCUCUGGUAAGCCGACGACGCGGCUGGGAUUACCGCACCGCUCAGCAAGACGAGCAGCUUUUACGUUGACGCUCUCAAACAAACAGCAAUUCGUAACGUACAACCCUUCAUCUUUAAGAGGCUGACGGCUUCUGCUCGUUUCCGACGAUCCCAAGGCUGAUACUGUCCUGCAUCUCUUUCGCUGGAUGCCACCACCGCAAAGGUACCGUCAGACACAACCGUUCAGGCAAAGACAAAAAACUGCAGCGCGAACGAACGUACAUUCGUCAAGAUUAAGCCGGAAGUUCCAGUUUUCAAGCUCGCGGAUCUUGACAUCCAAGUCCUUCUCGCUCAGGUGCGAUAACUCUGCCCACCGGCGAGUUAGCAAGCACACCAGCUACACUUUAGCACACACACACACACCAACCAUUGAACUCCCUGUCUCCAACCGACGUAGGCUUCUGAUGCAUCAAAAACUCAAGAAGCGCCUCCAGCUCCUUCGUUAACGGAACUGUCGGCGGGAUCGUCUACGAGGCAGCGAAAGAAGUGCCGUCAGCUUUCCCCCUUGCAGCCACUGCAAUUGACAGUUCAAUUUCGUCCACGACGCACCUCUGGGAAGUAGCUCGACAUCUCAACAGCUUUUCACUAUGGCAGGCUGCCAUUGGCAACGAUAGAAUCCGUCAUUUGAUUGGUUGAAACUCCGUCCACAGCGUCAGUCACACAAACGUCGCACUUUGAAUUGUGAGGUGAUGAUGGCGAUGCGGCUGCACCAGCGCCACCUGCGCGUGCUGAGGGCGAGAAGCCCGUACUUGGCCAGCCGCGCCUCGUUCUUCUCAUUCCCAUCGCCAUCUCGCUCGCUGGUCAAGUCGCACACCGAGACGCGUGUUGUGCCUUUCUCCUGCGCCGAGAUGUUCGAUGUGGUGGCGGAUGUGCAGCGCUACAGCGAAUUCCUGCCCUUCUGCGUUGAGUCACGCGUGCUGCGGAGGCCCAAUGAAAACGUAAUGGAGGCAGCGUUACGCGUCGGCUUCAAACUCUUUACAGAGUCGUAUACGUCCCGCGUGCUCAUGAUCCGACCCAAUAAAAUCGCGACAAAAGCGAUUGACUCGCCGACAUUCAAGCGGAUCGAGAGUGAGUGGGUUUUCAAGCCGUGUUCUACGCCUGGAAGCUGCGAGGUUGACUUCAAGGUGACAUUCGAGGUAUCGUCGUUCCUGCACGCCAAUGCCAUCCAGCUCUUCUUCGAUGACGUCGCCCUUACGCAACUCAAUGCAUUCAUUGGACGUGCGAGGAAGAUGUACGGGACGUCGCCUCGGCCAAUUCCACAAGCUCCUGUGAAACCAGAGCCGACGGAAGAAUCGACUGGAAAAACUGUCGCGAAUGAGAGAACUGAUAACGGCGUUGCAAAGGCAGUCUCUGCAACUGACGAAGACGAUGAAGCGGCAAAACGAACGGCAAAGGCCAGGGCAUCACGCCGCAUUAAAGGUGGUAUUUCUGCCCAAACUUAUAGCGACCUGGCUGAUAUUUUCACCGACUACGCUGAUAAGGACGGCAAGCUUUAUUAUGGCGGGUUUACAGCAGCUUGUUUGGCUCUAAGCGAAGAAUAUGACGAGUACGAAGACAUGAAGGACAUUAGUGAGAGUGCAGCGCUUGCCGGAGCGGUGUUUUCGAGUUUUGAGACUCAUACCACCCCAAAGGAUUGGCUCUCGCUAGAUGAGUUCGUAGUGGGCGUGUAUCUGAUGACUAAGGGCACGUUCGAGCAGAAGGCGCACAGUCUGUUUGAGAUUGUCAACAAAACGGGGGAUGGCAAAAUUACUCGCGAGGAGUUGACCCAAGCGAUGCAGCGGCGGAUUCGCGCUGUAAAGAAGCUCUUCCCCAAGCUUCUGCGUGACCAAGUACAAAUCCAAAUGGCGAACGAGCAGGUCGAAGAACUGUCUUCAGUCCAAGACGCUGCGAUGGCGAGUAGUGUCCAAGCCAUCGAGGAACUGAUGGAGGAGGUGGAAAAAGAAAUUCCUCUUGCUGUAAAUCAGAUCUUCCGUGAAGCCGACUUGGAUCAGGACGACUACAUUUGCGAGCAAGAGUGGAUGUUCGCGUGGCAGGCGCAUCCAGAGUUUGUGGAGCUGCUGACCAUCGACGGCAUGAAGAAGAUGGCACAGUGGGCGUCAGUUGUACAAGAGGCCACCACAGAUGAUGAUAACGACGGUGAUGACAAGACUACAUCCUCUGGGCAGAGUCUUGACACAAGGCUAACGUACGUGGAUUAAUUCAUGUAAAAAAAUUUUUUUUUGCUGUUCGCCUUUAUGAAACUACAAAAAUCCAGCAUCUCGAAUGAGUUGAACCGACGUAGUGAUGGAUAGAAGUGUACCCGUCACCGGCUUGUACUUAAUUGCAUUGAGUCAAGGACGAAGGUAUCCUGGAGACUCAUGAGUCAUGAAUCUCGUGGUACGUGGCUGUCAUGGCAGCCACGUUGUUUGCUCGGAACUUUGAUUAUGCAUAUCCUAGGGCAUAUCCCGCAUCGCGCGAUCACAGCAAACACUUUCCAGAUGGACAGCGAACAGGAAAACCUCAAGAUAAUCGAAAUCGGCGAGUGUUUAUGGCUUUCCAUCCUCUACGUCAUACAGAAAAAAAUUGUCGCUUUACAAAAAAUUAAUCGCUCUACGUUAUACUGUA